UUUGUCUGCAAGAAUGACAAGUGCAUCCCUUUCUGGUGGAAAUGCGACACCGAGGACGACUGCGGGGACCGUUCGGAUGAGCCGGAGGACUGCCCUGAAUUCAAAUGCAGGCCAGGGCAGUUCCAGUGCUCCACUGGGAUCUGCACCAACCCAGCCUUCAUCUGUGAUGGAGACAACGACUGCCAGGACAACUCGGAUGAAGCCAACUGCGAUAUCCACGUCUGCCUGCCCAGCCAGUUCAAGUGCACCAACACCAACCGCUGCAUCCCCGGCAUUUUCCGCUGCAACGGCCAGGACAAUUGCGGUGACGGCGAGGAUGAGAAGGACUGCCCGGAGGUGACUUGUGCCCCCAACCAGUUCCAGUGUGCGAUCACGAAGCGCUGCAUCCCCCGUGUCUGGGUGUGCGACCGGGAUAACGACUGUGUGGAUGGCUCAGAUGAACCUGCCAACUGCACACAAAUGACGUGCGGCGUGGACGAGUUCCGGUGCAAGGACUCGGGCAGGUGCAUCCCAGCGCGCUGGAAGUGCGACGGGGAGGACGACUGCGGGGACGGGUCCGAUGAGCCCAAGGAGGAAUGCGACGAACGCACCUGUGAGCCCUACCAGUUCCGCUGCAAGAACAACCGCUGCGUGCCGGGGCGCUGGCAGUGCGACUACGACAAUGACUGUGGGGACAACUCGGAUGAGGAGAGCUGCACGCCCCGGCCCUGCUCGGAGAGCGAGUUCUCGUGUGCCAACGGCCGCUGCAUCGCCGGCAGGGGGAAAUGCGACGGGGACCACGACUGCGCCGAUGGCUCUGACGAGGGAUGAUACUGAAUCCGUGCCCUCAAAGACUGCACGCCGCGCUGCGAGUUCGACCAGUUCCAGUGCAAGAACGGGCACUGCAUCCCCAUGCGCUGGCGCUGUGACGCCGAUGCGGACUGCAUGGAUGGCACCGACGAGGAGAACUGCGGCACUGGGGUUCGCACGUGCCCUCUGGACGAGUUCCAGUGCAACAACACGCUGUGCAAGCCCCUGGCCUGGAAGUGUGACGGGGAGGAUGACUGCGGGGAUAACUCGGAUGAAAACCCCGAGGAGUGCUUGAAAUUCCAGUGUCCCCCCAACAGACCGUUCCGCUGCAAGAACGACCGGGUAUGUCUGUGGAUCGGUCGACAGUGCGACGGCAUUGACAACUGUGGAGACAACACGGAUGAAAAGGACUGCG